AAGAAAUCCCUUCCAGCUGAUCGGCCACAGAACUCGGGGAGUGACUCCGAUAGUAUUGAUCAAGUUUACGAGCAAGGCAUCAUAGUUCCAUCCAACGUCAUUGCUUUGGCUGAUAGCUUUGAGAGGAAGGAACAAUCAUGGUAUAGCUAGAAUUAAUUAAAGCAUGGUUCAGCCUUCUCAACCCAGCAAUUAAAAUUGGUUUGAAGACAGCUAAUGAUAUACAAUGUGUUUGUUUCUAGAGAAUGCCUGAACUAAAGUCCGUUACUUCCCAGAUUCCAACAGAUCUAACAAUACAAGUUCAAGACAUAACUUUUACUGUUCACAAGUAUCCUUUGCUAUCAAAAUGUGGCUACAUAGGCCGUCUAGAACUUCAGCCAUCAAUUUCAAAUUUUGGGUAUGAACUCAAGCUUGAAAACUUCCCAGGAGGACCAGAAACAUUUGAAACCAUUCUAAAGUUUUGUUAUGGACUUCCAUUAGACUUAAAACCUAACAACAUAGCUGCACUAAGGUGUGGAGCAGAAUUCUUGGAGAUGAGUGACGAACUUGAAGAUGGAAACCUCAUUGCAAAGACAGAAGUUUUCCUCACAUUUGUAGUCCUUUCCUCAUGGAAAGAUACCAUCAUUGUUCUUAAAUCCUGUGAAACUUUAUCUCCAUGGGCAGAAAAUCUCCAGAUUGUUAGAAGAUGUUGCGAUAAAAUUGCAUGGCAAGCUUCUAGAGACAAUUCAACAAUGGAAGAAAUAGUUAAUGACGAAGGAUGGUGGUUCGAUGAUGCAGCUAUCCUUAGAAUUGAUCAUUUCAUGAGAAUAAUAACUGCGACAAGGGCAAAAGGAACAAAACCAGAGAUCAUAGGUAAAUGUCUAAUGCGUUAUGCAGCAGUAUGGUUGCCCGGCAUGGAUGUGGAAUUCAAAGGACUGAGAGGUUAUGGAUACGGAAAAAAUGAGUUACAGUUUAGUAUCUCGAAUGGGAGGACUGAAGAUGAGGGUGUUGGACACAGCAAGGAGAAAAAGACCAUCAUUGAGAGUCUAGUAAGUCUACUUCCUCCCCAACAAGAAGCUGUACCAUGCAAGUUCUUGUUGAUGAUGUUAAAGAUGGCUAUUCUGUACUCAGCAUCACCAGCUUUAAUUUCAGAGCUAGAGAAGAGAGUGGGAUUGAUACUGAACAACGCUAGUGUGAAUGAUCUUUUGAUUCCUAAUUAUAAAACUGAAGAUCAAGGAAAAAUCAUGAAACAAACAGAGCAAUCCACAAUGCACAACAUAGAUGUGGUACAAAGAAUUGUAGAGUACUUCUUGAUGCAUGAACAAGAACAGCAGCAAUUGCAACCAAUGUCAGAAAAAUCAAAUGUUAGUAAGCUCAUGGACAGCUACCUAGCUGAGAUUGCAAGGGACCCAAAUCUUUCCAUUAUCAAAUUUCAAGCUUUGGCAGAAGCACUACCAAAAAAUGCUAGGACAUGUGACGAUGGCCUCUAUAGCGCCAUUGAUACCUAUCUCAAGACUCAUCCUUCACUUUCUGAGCAUGACCGGAAAAGGCUAUGCAAAAUUAUGAACUGUGAGAAACUAUCACUGGAUGCGUGCAUGCAUGCUGCACAAAAUGACAGGUUGCCCGUAAGAACAGUGAUUCAGGUGUUGUUCUCAGAGCAAGUAAAAAUGAGGUCGGCAAUGAGAGGAAAAGAGCCAACAACAACUAGCAAUAACUCAGAACAGGAGGUGAGUCAAGCAUCAACGAGAACAGAAAUCAUGACCCUGAAAGCAGAACUUGAGAAUGUAAAGACACAGAUGGCAGAGCUGCAACAAGACUACUCAGAGCUGCAACAUGAAUAUGGAAAGCUAAACAAACAGCAAAAACAUACAUCAGGCUGGAAUUUGAGUUGGAAAGAGAUCAGGAAAUCCGCUCUUUUCAAUAGAAAAAUGGAUGGGGAAAACAGGGAAGGGCCAGACAAUCCCAAAUCACCAGUACACAAAAUGAACUUCAGAAGAAGACAAUCUGUAUCAUAGUUUUAAAUUUAAAUAUUAAAAAGAAAAGAAAAAUUGAAGUCUCAAUUGUGAUCGCAUCAAUUUAAUUCCA